GCCCGCGGAGGCAUGAAGCUCUGAGGCGGCCGCCGCCGCCACCGCCGUGCGGGACCCGAGGGCUCGGAAGCGGCCGGGCCGAGGGCGCGGGCUGCCGGCCUCCCUGAGGCGAGGGGUGGCGGCUGCAUGGCUCUGUAGCGGCUCUUUUCUCUACCCCCGGCUCCCCGGCUCCGGGCGAGGCCGUCCGGCCGCUACCCCUCCUGCUCGGCCGCCGCCAUGGCCAAUGACAGCGGCGGGCCCGGCGGCCCGAGCCCGAGCGAGCGAGACCGGCAGUACUGCGAGCUGUGCGGGAAGAUGGAGAACCUGCUGCGCUGCAGUCGCUGCCGCAGCUCCUUCUACUGCUGCAAAGAGCACCAGCGCCAGGACUGGAAGAAGCACAAGCUCGUGUGCCAGGGCAGCGAGGGCGGUCACGGAGCGGGCCCGCACCAGCACUCCGGCCCCGCGCCGCCGGCUGCCGCGCCGCCGCCCAGGGCUGGGGCCCGGGAAGCCAAGAAGGCAGUAGCGCUCCGGGACGGCGCCGCCGCAUCGUCGGCCGCUCGGGACGCUGCCAAGGCGAAGGCCAAGCCCGCGGCCGACACCGCGGCGGCCGCGCCUCCGCCUCGCGCGGCCCCCGGCAGCCAGGGCCCGACGGCGGCGGCCGAGGCAGAGCCCGGGAAGGAGGAGCCGCUGGCCCGCCCGUCGCUGUGUCAGGAGAAGGCGAACCUGUGCCCCCCGAGCUACGCGCCCGGCGACGGGCUGAGCCACGGCGGCGGCCUGCGGCCCAACGGGCAGACGAAGCCGCUGCCGGCGCUGAAGUUGGCGCUCGAGUACAUCGUGCCCUGCAUGAACAAGCACGGUAUCUGUGUGGUAGACGACUUCCUGGGCAAGGAGACAGGCCAGCAGAUCGGCGACGAGGUGCGCGCUCUGCACGACACCGGCAAGUUCACGGACGGGCAGCUGGUCAGCCAGAAGAGCGACUCGUCCAAGGACAUCCGGGGCGAUAAGAUCACCUGGAUCGAGGGCAAGGAGCCCGGCUGUGAGACCAUCGGGCUGCUCAUGAGCAGCAUGGACGACCUGAUCCGCCACUGUAACGGGAAGCUGGGCAACUACAAAAUCAAUGGCCGGACGAAAGCCAUGGUUGCUUGUUACCCAGGCAACGGAACGGGUUAUGUACGUCAUGUUGAUAAUCCAAAUGGAGAUGGAAGAUGUGUGACAUGUAUAUAUUAUCUUAAUAAAGACUGGGAUGCCAAGGUAAGUGGAGGUAUACUACGAAUUUUUCCAGAAGGCAAAGCCCAGUUUGCUGACAUUGAACCCAAGUUUGAUAGACUACUGUUUUUCUGGUCUGAUCGUCGCAACCCUCAUGAAGUACAACCAGCAUAUGCUACAAGGUACGCAAUAACUGUUUGGUAUUUUGAUGCAGAUGAGAGAGCACGAGCUAAAGUAAAAUACCUAACAGGUGAAAAAGGUGUGAGGGUUGAACUUAAUAAACCUUCUGAUUCGAUCAGUAAAGACGUCUUAUAGAGCCUUUGAUCCAGCAAUAUCCUACUUCAUCUUCAAUAAUUGUUGAUGCUGUUUGUUAACUUGUGAAUAAAUGGGAUAAAGAAAAAUAGACCACCAGUUGACAUUUUAAUAAGGAAACAAAGAACUUUUUUGUGUUGCAUCGAACAGAAGAUUUUGACUGUUAUGAGUUUAUACUGCAUGAUCUACUCCAAAUCUGUGACUGCUUAUGGGAAGAAGAUAAGCUAUCAAAUGAAAAUGGUUUUUACAUCUGGACAUGAAAUAAGUGCCCUAUGUAGAAUUUUUUUCAUUCUCAUAUUUUGCCAGAUCUGUCAUCUAGCUGAGUUCAUUUCAUCUCUCCCUUUUUUAUAUCAAGUUUGAAUUUGGGAUAAUUUUUUCUAUGAUUAGGUACAAUUUAUCAAAACUGAAUUGAGAAAAAAUUACAGUAUUAUUUCUCAAAAUAACAUCAAUCUAUUUUUGUAAACUUCUUCAUACUAUUAAAUUUUGCCCUAAAAGACCU